AUGAUCGAUAAUGCAGGUGAAGAGAUUAAGGCAGUCGAAGAGUGCUUCCCUAAUAGCACUGUAUUAUUAUGCCAUUUCAAUGUAUUGCAUUCCUGGCACAGAAAUUUAAAUCAUAAUCACAAUGCAAAUAAAGAUCCUUAUAAAAUAGCUAUUUGGGAAGAUCUUUGGCGAUUAAUGAAAACUGAGAAUUCAGAUAUCUGGAUUAUUCGUUCUAUAACUAAUGCUGAUAUUGAAUAUUCUGUUCGAAAAAAUAAUAGUAGAGACGAUUUAAAUCUUACAUCAUAUAUUUGUAUUUGUCAUGAUUUCAGAGUACGUCAAUUGCCAUGCAAACACAUAUUCGCAGUGCUUAGUCAACUUCAAGUCUCUGAAGAUAGUGAAGAAGAAAAUAAUCAAUUCUCCCAAUAUCAACAAUCUGCAGAGACUAACAUUCUUGAUUCUUCUAGCUCUUUUUAUUAUCCUAUAAACUAUAAAGAUAAAAAAAAAUAUGAGUUUAAAAAAUUACAAGAAGAACUAGCAGCAAUCACUGCAGAAUGA